GGACGCGCUCCCAGCAUGGCGCUAAAAACUGAGGAAAGUCGGAUCCUUUUCAGCAUUAAGUCAAGAGGAAACGACACUGGAAGGUCCAAAGAGUCGGACAAUGCAAACUUAUUCUCAUACGGACAGAUUCACCCGCAAGUGUGUGGCAUGGAGGAGCAGUGUUGUCAAACAGCUGUUGCGCCUCCGGAGGACGCAUUACCCGCAGAGCGCAGAGUGGGCGACAGCCGCUCUUUUUCCGCCUGCGCCACAAUCUCAGAGACAGCCAGGGAGUUGUGUAAUGCUGUGUCCGUGUCUCUGGGACUGACCAUGGAGGCCGGCGACACCAGCGACGCGGAGCCCGCUCUCAGCUCGUGCAGUGGAAACGAGCACCUGCGUGGAGAGUACGCGUUCGGCGCCGUGCCUCUGAGCCGUCCCGGAGCCGGAGCGCAGACCUCCGUGUGCGACUACAGGUGUCCGGACAGAUCCAUGCGUGGACACAGGCACCUGGGUGACAUGUUUAAGAGUUCUGAAAGUGUGGCGUCCUUUGCAGACCUCCGACACACCGGAGCAACAGGUGACGAGCCCAACUUCACCGCGUGCGCGUCGGAGGACCGAGGCGCGCCGGAGGUGGACCACCUGGACUCUGCGCCCGCCGUGUCCUGCCCUUAUGGCCCGGCGGUGCCAGACAACUUGGCACGAUUCGGACAAACGGUCCCAGAGAUGCCGUGCCGAGUCUACAGACCCACGGAUGAGGUGGAAACCACGGAGAACAAGUACGGCGCGUAUCAGCCGGAACAAUACAGCAUUAAAGUCAAAUUUGAGGACACGAGUGGGGACUCUGCAGGGGCUCUGUGGGGCACUAACUACAACUACAACGACAAGGGCAACUCUCAGGUCUGGGCUUCGAGGCAAUGCAUGAAUUCACAAAUCACAGCAGCAAACACAGCCUUCAUCUGUAAUCCGUAUGAGAGGAGCGUGGUGCGUCCGGAGCAGUGGUACUCAGGAGGGAUGCUGAGGCCGCCCUAUCCCAGUAACAACUACAUGAAGACAGAGGUGGGAGAGUGGCUGGAGGUGCCUUACAAUGACACCAGGUUUGAAGGCGGCAGAGAGCACAUGUUCCCCAUGGAGUUCUUCUUCCCACCACAGAGGACAUGCCUGAUUUGUUCAGAUGAGGCUUCUGGAUGCCAUUAUGGGGCUCUCACCUGUGGCAGCUGCAAGGUUUUCUUCAAAAGAGCUGCAGAAGGCAAACAAAAGUACCUGUGUGCAAGCAAAAAUGACUGCACAAUUGACAAGCUGAGAAGAAAGAACUGCCCGUCUUGCCGGCUAAAGAAGUGCUUCGAAGCUGGAAUGACUCUUGGAGCACGUAAACUCAAGAAAAUUGGACAACAGAAGAACUCUGAAGAGGACCAUCCAGUUCAGGAUUCUACAGAGGCUUUGCAGAAUGUCUCUCCUAAAUCCAGCCUGAAUUUCCACUCCCAGCUGGUCUUCCUCAACAUCCUGGAGUCCAUUGAGCCAGAGGUGGUGAACGCUGGACACGACUACGGCCAGCCGGACUCUGCCGACACGCUGCUCACCAGCCUCAAUGAGCUUGGGGAGAGGCAGCUGGUCAAAGUGGUCAAAUGGGCUAAAGGACUCCCAGGUUUCAGAAACCUCCAUGUGGAUGACCAGAUGACAGUCAUUCAGCAGUCGUGGAUGGGGGUGAUGGUGUUCGCUUUGGGCUGGAGGUCCUAUAAGAACGUGAACGGCCGGAUGCUUUACUUCGCCCCUGACCUUGUGUUCAACGAACACCGGAUGCACAUCUCCACCAUGUACGAACACUGCAUACGGAUGAGACAUCUCUCACAGGAGUUUGUGCUGCUGCAGAUCACUCAGGAAGAGUUCCUCUGCAUGAAGGCCUUGCUCCUGUUCAGCAUUAUUCCAGUGGAGGGUCUGAAAAGUCAGAAGUACUUUGAUGAACUGCGUCUCACCUACAUCAAUGAACUCGAUCGGCUCAUUAACUAUCGAAUGACCAACACCAAUUGUUCUCAGAGAUUCUACCAGCUCACCCGACUUCUGGACUCCCUCCAGAUGACGGUGAAGAAGCUCCAUCAGUUUACAUUCGACCUUUUCGUCCAGGCUCAGUCACUGCCCACAAAGGUCAGCUUUCCAGAGAUGAUUGGAGAAAUAAUCUCUGUACAUGUACCAAAGAUCUUGGCAGGUUUGGCUAAACCAAUUUUAUUUCAUGAGUAGAAAGAUUUUUUUUUCUUUUUUUUUAUCAUCGAAAGUGAUUCAUCCUUUCUGCCUCCAUAAACUUUAACAAAUGGCUUGGUACU